AUGAUCAAACAUUAUGCAAAUAUAAUGCAGGAAUUGCAACCAGAUAUUGAAGCCAUAGAUAAGGAAAUCAGUGAACAUCCGGACUUCCCAAGAUACAAGUAUGACUACCAACACUGUUUUCAAAGUAUCGAGCAGCACCUACAAAAAAUAAAAGUGACCAAAAUCAAAAAAUUAAAAAGAGAUCAAGAGCAAUAUAAGGCAGGUACAGCGUAUCCUAAGCCGCCAGAGUCACAGAUUCAAUCUAAUAACAAAUUCCACAUCUUCAGAGAAACUGUGGAAUUAAACGAUACAAUGCAUGAAAAUUCAUCAUCAGUCAAUUCACAGCAACCUGCAGCAGCAGUUAACAUGAACAAUAAUGAUGCACAGGAAGAUAAUUUAAGGAGAAGCAAUAGGAUAAAAGAAAGGAAUAACAACAAUAAUAUCAACAGUGAUAAUAACAAUCAGCAAGGUAACAAUCCACAGGCAACUACGUCUCAUUCGAAACAGGGCUUUCAACGACGCAAUCAGAGAAAGCAGUGGAACAGGAGGAAGAAUCACAACCACAAGAGAUAA